AUGACGUUAAAUCACUAUCCAGGUCCGAAUGAAGAAUCUCUCGCGGCUUACGUCCAAAGAUCUGAUCCAAUUGAUUCGUGGAGGGUGGAGGGAGGAUCUUUGUGCAUUCGAACAGAGAACAGCACCACAAAUUGGGUUACGCACUUCUUUGAUUGUGUUGUUGUUGUGGAAGCGGAAGAAUUAAAGAAAAUGACAAUGUUGGCAGUUGCAGACACCCCCGUUGAUGGGACCAUGAUCCUACUAGCCGUUGCCGUCGUUGCGGCUACAGCUAUCUAUGUUGCGUUCAAGCAACUACGCCGAUACCUUGAGAACAAGAAGCCCUUCGCCGAGUUGCCCAUGGCAAAGGGCAAUCACUUCAUCUUCGGGCAUGGAAGCGCCCUGUUCACUGGUGACUUUCGUAAAGCCUUCAAGACGCUGGGCGAAGACAGCGCCAAUGAGUAUGGGCAAGUAGGAUUCUGGUUCGUCGGCUUUCGCUUUCUCACGCUCAGUUCGGUGAAAGAUGCCAGGACGGUCCUUAACGCAGAGCACGAACGCCGCCCCCCUUGGUUCAUGAAACACUUUGUCCGACAUUUCGUUGGAGAGAAGAACCUCCUCAUGAUCAAUGGCAAGGAAUGGAAAUUCCAUCGUGGUGCUGUGACGAGGACAUUUAAUCCUGGUUUCUUGAAUGGAUCCAGAACUGGAAUGAAAGAAGUAGCUGAGAUCAUGGUGGCUACGCUGAAGCAAAAGGUUGGCUCCACCGGAGAGGAGUUGGAGAUAGAGUCCCUCAUGAAGAUGAUUACACUGGAACUGUUUGGAAAGAUUGGUCUCAGCACUGACUUUGGACUGUGCAGCACGCUCAAGCCUUCUCCCCUUGUCCGAGCAUUCGAGUACCUGCUUAAGGGUACCACCGAAAGGCUCCGAGCUCCCUAUGUACCCACCAAUUUCUUCUUCUCGAUCCCUGUCGAGAAGAACAUUGAGCACGAGAAGCAACGCCAGCUCAUUCGCUCUUUCUUGACCGAUCUUAUCGAGGAAAAGAAGGGCUCGCUGAAGGAAGACGACAACGACUUGCUCUCGCAUCUAGUCCGUGCUCAUCAAGGUGCCCCCGAGGGCGAAGCGGACCCCGAUGCCAUGAUGGAUACCCUGAUGACUUUGCUGUUUGCCGGGUAUGAUACUACAUCUGUCACGUUGACGUUUGCUCUCUACCUCCUCGCAGAGAACCCCGAAGUUCAGGAACGUUGCUUCAAAGAAAUUGAAGCCGCCAAGAACACGGAAAACGUGGAAGAGUUGACCUAUACCAAAGGAGUGAUUUGGGAAGCGCUCCGACUCUAUCCUGCGGGGGUCCGCACCAACCGUGUUCUUGCGAAGCCCAUCAAAGUGAGCGGCGGAUUUGUGGCACCGGAAGGAACCAGGGUUAACAUCCCCAUUUGGAGUAUCCACCACGACGAGAAAUACUUUGAACAGCCUGAGGAAUUCCGCCCUGACCGUUGGGCCAAGUGGGACGACGAGAAGAAGCACUGGGUCGAGCGUGAAGUUGGAGAUGAACCGUCGAGCGACAAAGGCAUUGCUGCCGGAGACAGGAAGUCCAUGCUGGCCUUCUCGGCUGGAGGAAGGAACUGUGUUGGGCAGAAGUUUGCUUCUCAGGAGGCCAUUAUUGUUUUGGCCACCCUUGUGAAAGGACUCAAGUUCGGGCCUGUGGAGAACUUCGAGCUUGAGUUGACGGCCAAGGACCUGAUUCUCAAGCCUGCCAACGGCCUGCCUCUCAUUGUUGAAUCCAGGGCUUGAGCCUACCGGUGGCCUGGCCUGGCCCAGUAAAACGAAAGCAACCAUGAGUACGUACAUUAAUUAAGUAGGUACCGAUGUUAUGCGU